CUGUGGUGUUCCUGUAGUGAUCUGUGGUAGUACUGUAAGUGAUCUGUGGUGUUCCUGUAGUGAUCUGUGGUUUUUCUGUAAGUGAUCUGUAAUGCUCUGUGGUGUUUCUGUAGUGAUCUGUGGUGUUUCUUUAGUGAUCUGUGGUGUUUCUGUAGUGAUCUGUGUUGUUUCUGUAAGUGAUCUGUGUUGUUUCUGUAAGUGAUCUGAUGCUCUGUGGUGUUUACGUAGUGAUCUGUGGUGGUUCUGUAAGUCUGUAAUCUGUGAUAUUCCGUUCUGUAGUGAGUCGUUACUGUUUAUUGACGUAAACAAUGGGCAUUGUAAACGCAAACAAACAAAAAACACCCUAUGUAGAUGUAAGAAAUACAUUUCCCACAAGCCCCAGUGAGACGCUGUUAGCCGGCGUGCAGCUCAGUGCUGCAAUCGUAGGAGCUUUUGUUAUGCUACUCUAAGUGCAGGAGCUGUAAUGUCCUCUCGUACAGAAACUCGAAGAAGACAAACUAACACCGACCACGAAAAUGAAGAGCUUUCAUGGGACCAGAGUAGUGUCCGAGCUAAUGCUGGUGUUAGUGGUUAUCCCUACAGCUCCUGUUGUGAUCAUGUGUGUGGAAAUGACCAGCAAGUCAGUACCACUGACUGCCACCUGCAUUUGCCCUGCUGCCCUUACAGACCCCAACACACAAACAAAGGACAUAGUGCACAGACAACUAAUGAAACGUGGGAAGAAGUAUUAUGCAGUAAGACCACUAUAAGUGCUGAAAAUGAGGUGGAGGCACAAAAACUUGCCAAUAAUUACAAGUUCGGAUUUAGAAAGUGGAAAAGCCAUGUGACCGAACGACCUUUUGAGGACAGGUCAGAGAUUGUGAAGGAGCUCUACUCAGAGCUCAACAUCAUUAAACCAAACACAGGCACUUUAAUUACAUGUGGCAAUGUUUUGUAUAUAUUCAUAUUCGGUUGGUGGAUCUCUCUGGUCUACCUUUUCAUUGGUAUCAUGAUGUACAUCACUAUUAUUGGAGCACCUCAUGGUAAACUGUGCUUCAGACUGUCCUGUUACUUUCUGUGGCCAUUUGGAAAAGCAAUACAGAAGGCAAGUUGUCCACUCUCAAACGUUGGUGCGAAACUCCACAGUGAUUUACUAGGUGAAGCGGAUGAGGGGAAGGCAGCCUCUCCCUUACUGAGGCCCUCCACUGUGAUGGAAAACACAGAGGAAUCACCCAGGCCUCCAGAGCAGCACUACUGGAAUCAUCUGAGUGUGUAUGUGUGGGUCCUUCUUGGAUAUCCUCCUCUGGUUGUGGCUCAUGGUGUGUUGUGUGUUCUCUCCUGGCUCUUGGUCUUCACCAUCCCCGUCGCCAAAAUGAGCAUCCGAACCCUGAGCAAUGUCUUGCUAAUUGCCCCUGAGCAUGUCCUCAUAAACAAUGACACUAGGGAAGGUGAAGGUCAAGCCAUUCUGUGCUGCUACCAUGCGGUGAAUAUCUAUUACUACAAGUACAAGGUUGAUGGGAUCAAUGUUUUUGCCGUCAAUCUCCUUCCUUUGGUUGUUGUCUCUCUGGUGAUUGGCUAUGUGGAUCAGGACAACCACUUUGCCAGUGCUGAGGUUAAGUUCACCACUGCAAUAGGUUCACUCAUCCCGUUGUCUUAUUAUAUAGCAAUGGGUAUAGCCAGUAUAUCAGCUCAGAGUAACUUUGCAGUCGGAGCAGUGGUCAAUGCCUCGUUUGGCUCUAUCACCGAGCUUUCCUUUUACAUCACAGCCUUGCUUAGGGGUCAUCACCAGAGCAACAUGUGUCUGCAAGAGAUCGUGAAAGCAGCAUUGACUGGGACGUUGCUCGGGUGUAUUCUGUUCAUCCCAGGGAUCUGUAUGAUCAUCGGAGGGCUCAAACACAGGGAACAGAGGUUUAAUAGCCGUUCAGCCGGAGUCAGUGCGUCUCUACUUUUCAUAUCUGUCGGAGGUGUGUUUGCCCCUACUCUCUUCUCUAAAGCUUAUGGAAAUCUGGUGUGUGAAGGCUGCACUAAUUCCUCAGGGACCAACAGUAGCAAUGGGACGUUCACAUGCAGGAACUGCCAUUACGACCUGAACGGAGACAACUACAGCCUGUUUCCUAGCCAUAUAGCACCCCUGGUGUACACGGUGUCGUUUCUGCUGCCCGUGUCCUACAUCAUCGGCCUUCUGUUCACUCUGAAGACUCAUUCGCACAUCUAUGAUAUUCACGUUGGGGACGGAGGUGCAAGGCAUCUAGACGCAGUGGUGCAUUGGUCUCGCUGGAGAGCUCUGCUGAUCCUGAUCAUAGCCACAGUGCUCAUGUCUGCCUGCGCUGAUCUCAUCACUGAGCACAUCCAGCCCAUACUGAACCACCCAAACAUCUCCCAGUACUUUAUAGGUGUGACAGUUUUGGCUAUGGUUCCUGAAAUACCAGAGAUAGUCACUGGUAUACAGUUUGCACUUCAGAAUAAUAUCAGCUUGAGUUUAGAGGUCGGGAGCUGCAUUGCGGUUCAGGUUUGCAUGAUUCAGAUCCCCAUAUUGGUCCUGUUCAACGCCAUUUACGAUGUUGGCUUUGUGCUCAUCUUCAGUGACCUGCAUCUGUGGGCCAGCAUCUUCAGCGUCAUCCUCGUCAACUACAUCUUCAUGGACGGAAAGUCUGAUUACUUUCAAGGUACGGCUCUCGUGAUCGUCUAUCUCAUCCUCCUCGCUCUCUACUUCUUUGCUCCUUCACCAGCAGGUUGUUAAUAUAAUACGAAGACUCGCCUACUCACGUUUGCUCGUUUCUGUGCAAAAUCAACAUAUUAAAGUGCUUCUGCAGUAAGACAUCAUCACAUGUCUACAUUCUGGAUGGACACUGACUGAUAAAGAAAAUGAAUUACGAUGAAAAAUGACACACCGGUACAAGUAAUCAUUUAUUUGCCUAAAUUAAGUUACUUAGUUAGAUCGUUGUUUCCUAUAUGCAUCAAACUGUGCUGGAUUAAGUGUGCUGAAAGUGUUCUGUAUGAAAAACAGUGAGGAUCUUUGAGUCUCAGAGCUCUCAUUAUGUGUGUGUGUGUGUGUGUGUGUGUGUGUGUGUGUGUGUGUGUGUGUGUGUGAGAGAGAGAGACAGAGACUUUUUAGAAUGGCACCUUUAUUUGACUAUGUGCUAACAGUGCAGCUCAUGGUACAAAGUUUUAUAAAACUGAUUAUUGAUUAAGCAUUUAAUGCUGUUUAAGCAAUACGAUGUUGACCCGUUGUGUGUUUUCUGUCUAAUGGGCAACAAAUGCACAUCUCCAUUUAAAAAAAAAAUAUUUUUUAAAUAUUUUUUUAAUCACAGCCUAAUAUAUUCAACAAGUAAAAAUAACCCACUGAAUCGUUAUCUUUUUAAAUUAAAUAAAAUUCCAUAUAAUAAAUUAAUAUCAACACUGAUGUGUGCUUCGGAGGUGAAUUCAUUUAUAAAAUGUGUUAGCUGUGGUUUUGCAAAUCACCAUUUUGUAAGAGCUAUUCAUUUUUUUCUUAAUUGAUUUUGUAUUAUUAAUCAUCAUUAUUGAUCAUUAAUUGAUUUAUAUGUUUAUUAUAUACCUUUGGACUGAUUACUGUAUACUGUAUGUACCAUGUGCUGUUAUGGGAAAUUGCCAAUAUGCAACACAUUUUAACUCCACAACAUUUUAAUUACAUUUAGUUCAACAACGUGUUAUGUGAAGAUGAUACAGUCAGGUCCAUAAAUAUUCGGACUUGGCAAAGUUAUUGAUUUUUUUUUUGUUCAAUCUACCACAGUAUAUUGGAAUUUAUAUUAAAUAAUGAAUAGGACCAGCAUUCAGCAUUUCUGCUUUAAAUGGAAAGUAUUUACUUUCUAUUCAGGGAAAAAUAAAAAAAAUACAGAAUUUUUAACAAAAGAUUUAACAAUGCAAUUGGAUAGUUGCUCAGCUGUCCCAAGGCCAGGUUGUGUGGUUUAUUGCAAGUAAGCGGAUUAAAGGUCUAGACUGUU